AUGCCUUCUCGUAAACUCAAAGACAGCGAGCGCCGUAGAUGCGCCAAUGCCUGCUACACUUGUAAACGUCGCAAAGAGCGCUGUGACGGCCGUCAGCCGUGUGGCCGCUGCGUCACCCGCGGGGUGGAUUCCGAAUGCAGCUUUACCCCUUCUCCGACAACAAAGCGCAGAGUUCGGAGCGCCCGACCUCCCUCUUCUGGUGCAGGCAACUUGCAGGGCUCUAUAUCGCCAAGCGUCUCCUCCUCCAUCGAAGUCUUUGACCAGACUCCACCUCAGCUUAGCAACCAGGCGGGACAUGGUUCACACAAAGACCAUACAGAGCGUGCGCAAUUCUCUACGCUCAUACAAGACGGCCACGGGAAAUUCGUCUUCAUCGGCGACGCAGCCAACCUGUCCUUUCUACAGAUUAUCCGACGUCUAGUACGCGAUUCGCUCGGUCCCUGUGCGUUCACGGAAGAUGCUCUUCAAUAUCUUAUGGUUGAGGCCAAGCCGUCGGAUAGUUCCACGUGGUUCGUAAACAUCAUGGAUGAUACACCAGCAAUACCCGAUGAGGAAGAGGCUCGAUAUCUGGUCUCUUGGUUCUUCCGUUCCACCAGUUGCGUACUCAACCUCUUCGAAGAACGAGAAAUCACUGAGUCAAUGGCGUCUUGGUAUCAAAAGUGCUCUGGUGGUCCAGAGGAUAAAGCUUCAGUGGCAGUCUUCUUUCUCAUAUUUGCAAUUGGCGCCCAGACAUGUCCUGAGAAUAGGGACAAGGAAGCAGAGCAAUAUUUCAACUACGGACGCUUCCUCACCGCUUCCAUAAUCAUGGACGAUAUCAGUAUAUCCGCAGUCCAGUCCAACAUUCUGAUUACCAUGUACCUACUGGGUGCAUCACGGCGGAACGCGGCAUUCAUGUAUCUCGGCAGUGCUGUACGCGCGGCAUAUGCUCUCGGAAUUCAGCGACACGAUGUCAACAAGCAUUUCAAGCAGUCCGAAUAUCUUCUGCGAGAAAGGCUGUGGAAGGUCCUCCGAGUACUGGAUCUCUUCAUGAGUGCAUCACUUGGUCGUCCACCAUCCACACACGAAACUCGGAAUACGGGUACCGAUGAGAAUUACUCGGCUUCCAACGAUCUCUGCGCUAUCUUUGAAGAUAUUCUUACCAACAUCUACUCCCCGCAAAAAGUCUCAAACACGCAUUUGGAGCGAAUCAGUGAACACCAUCGACAAUGGGCGAAUAAGUUUCCUCUAGGUCUGGCUACUGAUAGUAUCAAACCGUCGAAAUUUAUUGACGAGGCGAAUGGGAAAGAAUCGCCAAAUAUCGGUCUAUGCCACCUCAAAGAGGCUUAUUACUGGACAAUUAUGCUACUUGCUCGACCAUCCUUGACGAAAAGCGUUUCUAAACACAUGUGCAAAGCCAGCAAGGACAUGAGUCAGUGGGAACCUCCUACUGCUGCAACGGAGCCCGACCAAGUCCUCGCUUUUUCCUGUGUCGACUCUGCAGUUAGGACAGUUGAUCUCCUGAAGGUAAUGGGUGACAACCGAGAGAUCCCAAAGCGUCUCCCAUUUGUCGUGAACUCAUUAUUUGUUGCAGCGUUGGUGCUCGGAACGGCCUACUUCAAUGACUUGGAUCAUAUCUUCCCCCUCGAGAAAAGCAUCACCGGCGUACGAUCCUUGAUGGCCAGGUUCAGUACCCAUGACCCUGUCGCCAAGGGUGCCCUGCAAACCAUCGAUAACCUGCAAACUGUUUGCAAUAUAUACGUCGAUGAGCGAGCACGUCGGAAGAUGGAGAGACAGAGCCUCCUUGUGCGAAACCUCUUUGGUACCGUCCACGACGUAUCUAGGCCGCAGACUCCGAAUCAACACGACAAAGCAAAGGCAACAUCUACCAGCGAUUUCAGCCAGAGUGAGACAAUUUUUGAUACGUGGUCCUUUGACGAAUCUGUUGGACACAUGGAUGGGGAGCUGAUGGGAAUGCUGCCGCAUGAAGCGCUAGAGGCAUUUUCACUUCCCACGCCUACGACCAUUACUUUCGACUCUUUUGAUGCUGGCUUUCCUCUUUUCUCAACUGUAGAUGUAUGUAGUCUUGAGGUUGAAGGAAAUAUGGGGACAAGUAAUAUGGCGUUUGGGCUGUGA